AUGUCCGACUAUGAUAUGUCCAACUAUGAUAUGUCCGAUGAUAGACUCGGCUAUGAGUAUCCCGCCAAUGGUAUCCUGCUCUUCAAACAAGCCAGUCUGAGACUAGCUCCAAUCUUUGCCAUCCGGCAGAUGGACUCUCACCCUGCUACAAACAGGGCGAAAGAUGCCAUCGUUAGGCAAUCUACGGCAGGCAGGAAGCUGCUCAGGUUAGGCGAUUUUCGCCUGCCACCUAUUACACCGAUUUAUAAAGAUACAUCGUCUUUCGUUGCCGCCAUAAUGUUGUCUGCUGGGAGAGCACCAGCAGAGACAUCUUCUCUCUUACGCUUCAGAACAGCCCUACAUACUGAUCUCGUCGGUGACUUAAUGCCCAAACCGAGUCAGCCGCCCAAAGUCGAGACGAUUUUUGUAGUCGGUGGUCCGGCAGGCUGUGGGAAGACCACUGUUGCUUCGUACCUAUCCCGAGAACUCGGCAUUCCAUAUCUUGAGGGAGAUGACUACCACACUCCGGCCAACAAAUUCAAGAUGGGCAACUCAAUACCGCUGAACGAUGGUGAUCGAUGGGACUGGCUUAUUACCCUCCGCAACGCAGCCACCAAAGAGCUGCAAAGAUGCAAUGCCAUCCUUGUUACCUGCUCGUUUCUGAAACGCAAAUACCGGGACGUCUUUCGGGUAGCCUCGUACAAUCAUCCGACAGUAAAAUUGCACUUCAUCUACCUCAAGGCUGAUGAGGAAAAUCUACAAGCAAGGGUCAGGACACGUGUGGGCCAUUACAUGAAGGAGAGUAUGGUACGCAGCCAGCUGGAAAGCCUUGAAGAGCCUGGGGAGGACGAAUUCGAUGUUAUCAAGUUCGACGUGCAGCGAGAUCGGGAAGUCAUCUGCAAUGACGUCCUGGCUACGGUUCGGGCAAAAUUAGAGGAGUGUACAACACCGACGAUCAAUGGUCAUGGCACCUGUUAA